UAAAUUAUGAUUUAUGACGUCUUUUCUGCAAGAAUGUAUAUCAGUUUGGUUUGGAAGUACUUCAUGACUUAAUGUUUUCUGAUCAUUCAAUGGCAGUUUUAUUAACUAUUAAGAGGUGAUUCAGGUUGAUGAAUAUUGUAUCAGCAAGUGUAUUAAACAGUUUGGUCCCCUAUAUCAAGUGUUCUAGUCAAUAUUAUGCAGCUACCUUAUUACUUCCUAAUUGGUGUCUAAGUGUAUUUUGACCGGAGGUGGGCCAAGGAAGCUGAAUUAUUAGCUUUAAUAAUUGACUUUUAACAUCUUGUAAAUUUAGUUGACAUUUUGGUUCAAUGUCUAAUACAAAAAAAAUCACAAACACAGACUUUGCUAUAGGUGAUUUGGGUAGUAGUAGUAAGGUGACAACCAUGGAUAUGAUGCUUGCAACACUGGCACUUGUCCUAUGGCUAUCAAGAGAUAUAGUCGAAGCAGCUCCACCAAUGGCAAAACCUGGUUGUCCAGAUAAAUGCGGAGAUGUUACUAUUCCAUAUCCAUUUGGUAUUGGUUCAAGGUGCUAUUACAAUGAAUGGUAUGAAAUUACAUGUAACACUUCAAAUCCAAUGCUCACCAAGUUCAGCCUUCAGGUGCUUAAGAUUUCCUUAAGUUCAUCACAAGUGAUAAUCAAUGCUCCAACCGUUGUUAACUCUACUGCACAAGAUACAACAUGGACGAGUGCUAAUUUGGGUGGAAGCCCGUAUAGUUUCUCCUCCAUUUACAAUGAUUUUGCUCCUGUUAGUUGUGUAGGGACUUCUUUUGUCAAUGGUGGGGAAAAUAUAGUAGCUCGUUGUGGAUCAUUUUGUAAUAGUCAAAUUAGGGACAAUACAACAUCCCAGGAAUCGAUUUGCCUAUCUGUUCUCCCCUAUCCUCUGAGUAUCUACGGUGUGAGCAUCACCCGAACUAAUGGGACUUACAGCUAUGUCUUAGUAGCAAGCCGUGAUUUCUUGAAUAAUCUUGAAAUGUCUAACCCUCAGCAAUCGCUUUUGUCCCUAGUCAGCAAUGGAAGUCAUGUACCGGUUAAUCUUGAUUGGAAAUAUUUUUAUUUACCUAAUCAAUUCUUAAAUGAGUCCAAUUCUGGCAAUUGUAACAUGCAUCAAGCUAAUGGUGUUUACACAUGUACCUGCCCGCAACGACAAGGUGGUAAUCCUUACCUUCCUAAUGGAUGCCAAGAGUCGCCACGAUGUGCAAGCUGCAAAGGUGAUUGUUAUGUCAUUUCUGAUGAUUAUAUGGAUGUUGGGUGUUAUAUUCCUAAAAAGAGCAGGGCACACCUUCUGGGAGUUGUGUUAGGAUUGAGUAUUGGCAUAGGAUCAUUAUUAGCGUCUCUAGGUUGCUAUUGGUUGUGGCAGAUUUUGAAGAGAAGGAAGAAGAUAAAAGUAAGAGCUAAGAACUUCAAACAAAAUGGUGGUUUGCUGUUACAAAGACAAAUGUGUUACAAUGAUUGUGUUGUGGAGAAAACAAAAGUUUUUACUGUCAGCGAAUUAGAGGUAGCCACAGAUCAUUUCAAUGAGAACAGAAUACUUGGGCAGGGAGGCCAAGGUACAGUUUACAAAGGUAUGCUGACGGAUGGAAGGGUUAUAGCAGUUAAGAAAUCCAAAAAAGUUGAUGAAAGCCAAUUAGAGCCUUUCAUAAACGAGGUAGUUAUCCUCUCUCAAAUAAACCACAGAAAUGUGGUUAAACUUCUAGGGUGCUGUUUGGAAACCGAAGUACCUCUUCUUGUUUACGAGUUCAUCCCAAAUGGAACACUCUCUCAGCAUAUCCAUAACCCAAGUGAAGAGUUUCACAUUCCUUGGAAAAUGCGAUUGCAAAUUGCUGCAGAAUCAGCAGGUGCAAUUGCAUACCUUCACUCAUCGUCGUCUGCUCCUAUUUACCACAGAGAUAUCAAGUCUUCAAAUAUACUUUUGGAUGACAAAUACAGAGCAAAGGUUUCCGAUUUUGGCACUUCAAGGACUAUACUGAUCGAUCAGACUCACUUGACUACUCAAGUUCAAGGGACAUUUGGAUAUCUAGAUCCAGAGUACUUCCAAUCCAACCAAUUCACUGAAAAAAGUGAUGUUUAUAGCUUUGGAGUAGUCCUUGUUGAGCUUAUGACAAGCAAGAAGCCAAUAUCUCCUGACAAAUCUAAAGAAUGGAGAAGUCUGGCCACAGAGUUUCUUCUUUUGGCGGAGAAUUCUUGUUUGUCUGAUAUAUUUGAUCCUCACGUCUCAAAGGAGGCUAAGCAAGAGGAGCUAGAGGCUGUGGCUAACCUGGCUAAAGAAUGUUUGAACUUGAACGGAAAGCAAAGGCCUACUAUGAAAGAAGUUGCUAUAAUACUCGACGGGCUGCAAUCGCGAAAUGAAACUUCUUCAAUACAGCAGACGUUCCCUGAAUGGAACCAAGCUGUUACUGAUGUAAGUGUGAUGGACACAGCCCCCUUCACCUCAAGCACAUUCUUUUCCCAGGAAGAAGAUGCAUUGAUUCUUCAUAUAUGAGCAGUGUACCAUGUAUGCCAAUCUUUUGAUUUUUAUGGAAAUUCAGGUGGGUGUGUGUGUGUGGGUGGGUGGGUGGGGGGGUUGACCUCAUCCGACUCAGGGGGAUUGUUUUUGGGUCUGUCCUAUGGCAACGCGUGUGUUAGCCCUUAGCCGGCAGCCAAGUUUCAUUCGUAUGUUGAAGGAGCUACUGCCUUUACCUGACACAUAUGCUCUAAAACUCCCAUAUUGUUCCACCAUUUUAAUGCUCCCACUUACCAAGCUCAGCUUAGGUUUACUUAGUUUGUUAAACUAAGUCGUUGCUAUGAGGCAAUGUAACCUCAAAGCACGACAAAUUGCAUAAUCAAAUUUGUCAUCAUUUUCGACAAAUAAUGAAGAAGCAAUUUGAUUUAUUCAUCAA